AAUAAUAUACAGAGCAACCGGUAUCAUGUGAUGGUCUUCAUUGAUUAACUAACCUCCGUAUUUGCGGUAUCUCUGCAAAGGAGCGUUAGACUAGGAAUUCGAAAUACGAAUACGCUUCACAUCUGGUUCAUGCAGAUGCAGAGGAGCCAUCAAGCAAAGGAAAGCAGAAUUAGAGAAACACAAUGAUGAGGGCUGUAGCCAGGAGAUUUGCUUCCCUCUCUUCUUGUUCAUGGAGGCCCAACCAGGCCGUGAGGUCCGCCACCUUCAUCUCUCGUGCUAUUUCUUCGCGCGGCGACAGUAGUUCCACUUCUUGUUCCCGUCAUUCGUAUAUCAGAUCCCAAUCCCUUGUUUCCUUCAGAGGUUUUGCUUCUGAAACCGUGCAGGUUCAUACGGAGGAAAACAACAUUAUUAUUCCAGCGACAGUUGCAGCGAUUAAGAAUCCAACUUGUAAGAUAUUGUACGACGAAUACAACCAUGAGCGGUUUCCUCCAGGCGAUCCAAGCAAGAGGGCAUUUGCUUACUUUGUUCUAUCAGGUGGGAGGUUCGUGUAUGCUUCUCUGGUUCGCCUCCUUGUCCUCAAAUUUGUCCUCUCCAUGUCAGCCAGCAAGGAUGUUCUGGCCCUGGCUUCGCUCGAGGUAGAUCUCUCGAGCAUCGAGCCUGGCACUACAGUGACUGUGAAGUGGCGAGGAAAGCCUGUAUUCAUACGGCGUCGUACAGAGGGAGACAUCAAGUCAGCGAACAGUGUUGAUGUUGGAUCUCUUCGUGAUCCCCAGGAGGAUGCAGAGAGGGUGAAGAACCCAGAAUGGCUCGUGGUAAUUGGUGUUUGCACGCAUCUUGGGUGCAUUCCAUUGCCAAAUGCUGGUGACUUCGGUGGGUGGUUUUGCCCUUGCCAUGGUUCACAUUAUGAUAUUUCUGGAAGAAUCAGGAAGGGCCCUGCUCCAUACAAUCUGGAAGUACCUACUUAUACUUUCUUGAAAGAGGAUAAGUUGCUGAUCGGUUAAAUUUUCUGGGCUACGUUCCUGCUAGUUAACUGAUCACAUUAUGUUUUCGCUCAUUUCUUUUUCUUUUUUCCCCUCCUUUAUUUAUUUAAUUAUUUUUUGAUUUGUCGGGCAGUGUUAGAACUUACCCUGGGCUCCUUGUCGACGAGUCCUAAAUCCUAAUUAUUGGGUUAUGUUUAUCAAGUGUUUACGUGACUUGAAAAUGUUGGUAACAGUUACUGUUGGCGAGAUUAAUCUUAAUAAUCGCUUGUCUCUUUA